GCAAUAGCAAUAAACAUCUAUCUCUGAUAAUCAGAGAGAAUGUGAAAGAAGUCAGAUGUGCUAUCAAUGUAGACUUGUGUGAUAACAUUUUUACAUACUUUUAUGUGUAUUAUAUUAAAUAAGAAUAAUGGAAACGAGUGUCAAUGAGGAAGACGAAGAUGUCGUGAUCCAAGGUAGUGCCCUUCAUGUACAUUUAUCAAACUUAGGUUAUGCAGACUUUGAAAGUGUUUCUAUACCCAAGAGAACAUAUAUUGAAGAAAAGCAUUAUUUAAAUAUAGAUAUUAAAAGCGCUAUAAAAAAGAUUUGUAUGAAAAUCUUUUCUUUUUAUUCUUGGAUAACACAGGAAAGAAGUAUUUCUGAAAAGCAAUUGAAUGUUAUUUUGAAUGCAGAGGCUUUGUUGAAUGACCAUUUUUCUAUAAUUAACAGUUUUCUAGCCAAGGGCAAUAACAAUUCUAAAAAAAUAACAUUGCAAGAAAUAAUUGUGGCUGGAGCUGUAAUCUCUUCAACGUAUUUUUCAAUAUCUAAAAAUAAGAUAUUAUCAACAUUAUUUGCCUCAUCUGUAAUUGGCUGUGUCAGUUCUAUAAAAUAUUUGCGUUUUUGUGCAAAUAGAAAUUUACAAAAUCUUAUAUUAACACAAAAUGAACUUUUAAUAAUGUGUAAAGAAGGUCUGAAAAUUUUACAACUUAAUUAUACGAUAAAAUUGAACUCUGAAACAUGUCUUCAACAAUUUUCACAUUUUUUAGGAGAAAAGUUAAGGUAUCUACAACUUCUAGCAGAGACGUUAACAGAAUUUAUGGAAAAUAUUUCAUCUCAAUAUUAUCAUUAUUCCUUAUCAAUUGCAAAGUUGCUACCACCAAAUAUACUUAAUGAAGAAUCAUUUACAGAAUUUGAGGAUGAUUUAUUUAAAAUAUCUGGUGAAGUCAAUUAUCAAGUAUUAAAGAAAUUUUAUCACAUCUAUCUUCUAGUUCAAUCAGAAAUGCUCUAUUUAUUAGCUAUUGCAUAUAAUAGUAAUACUUGGACACAUUCUUGUCAAAAGAUUCCUGAAAUAAAAUUAGCUUAUAUAAUUCAUAUUUUAACUAAAAAUUUAGAUCUAUAUAAAGUUAAAUUGGUAGAAAUUUUAAAUGCCUAUCGUACUUGUGAAGCAAAACCAAUUCGAUAUACGACAAGGGACAGAGCUAAAUGGCAUGAUCCAACUGUUCAAUUAGAUUUGGCGUCAUAUAAACUGCAAUUAGCUUAUAAUCAAAUAUUUUCGACAUUUAAAGAUAUUGAUAACUGCAUCAUUCAAGACACACAUAUUGAUAAUGAAACAGCUGAGAGUCUGUUGCAGAAGUUGAAUAAAGCAUUUAAAGAAGUUGAUACAGCUAAGAAUUUGGCAGAGUUUGUUGUUUUACUACUCGCAAGAUCAAGAUUUAACAAUCUAAGAGGCAAUCAACCCGUAACCGAUAGUACUACAAUAAAUCAGAAUACCGAUUUGCCUGUAAUAAUUGAUUCAGAUCCCGAGAUUCUUGAUGAAGUAUUCGAAGAAUACAUUAAGGAAGAAUUUUGUCCUUCACAGGAAGAAACAGAUGAAUACUCAUUAAAGCAACAGAAGCUGGAUAAACUUUUGGUAAAAAAUUUUAUGAGUGAAUUGAAAGAAGCUUUAAUUGAUAAACAUAAAACUAUGUCUGAACGAGAGUCUAAGGCACUACAACGUAUAUAUAAAAAUGUAUCCAAGGAUCUUAUAUUGAAUACUGAAGAUGAGGUAAAUAAAAAUUGCCGUUUCAUACCUGCUCCACCGCCAAUGCCUCCUUAUUAUAUAUGGUCAACACUGUCGAAUAACGAAGAGCCUAAUACAAGUUACAAAAAACUGAUUUCUUCCAAUUGUAAAGUUGAGAAUGCUAAUUCAAUUGUUCGAGAAAAGAUUGAGGCGUCAGAUGAACAAGAUGAUUUUAUAAAAACACUGAAACACAAAAAGAUUUUUAAUAUAUCAUCCAAUACAGCCUGUGAGAACAAUGAUAGAGAUUCUCUUAUAUCUUUGCCACAGAUUCUUCUUGAAACUCAAGUUAAGCAAUUUGAUAUCAAAUUACCACCUGCUUUUCUGCAGGAAGAAACAUUUAUAGGAAGUGGUGAAAAUUCUGAAGAAGAGAUCGCAGACAAUGUAAGUGAUAAUGAUGAAUAUAAUGAAAAUUCUCAACAAUAAAGCAAAGAGUUUGAUUGAUA